AUGGCUUCCAGGCAAGCAGCAGGAGCCCGCCCGGGCGCAAGAUUUGCUCAGUUCAAGCUCGUCCUUCUUGCCGCUGACUCGACCGCUAUCUUCCAGAGUUCGCUAGUCCUCCGAUUCGUUAAAGACCAAUUCGAUGAUUAUCGCGAGUCGACAAUCGGAGCCGCCUUCCUAACACAGACCAUCUCCCUCGAUGAUACCACCACAGUCAAGUUCGAAAUCUGGGAUACAGCUGGCCAGGAGCGUUAUAAGUCGUUGGCUCCGAUGUACUAUCGCAAUGCCAACUGCGCUGUGGUUGUCUAUGACAUCACUCAAGCUUCAUCGCUAGACAAAGCCAAGUCUUGGGUGAAGGAACUCCAGCGCCAAGCGAAUGAGAACAUUGUGAUCGCCCUGGCAGGCAACAAGCUUGAUCUUGUUACAGAGAGCCCUGAUAAGCGAGCAAUCCAGGAGGCUGACGCCGAGGCCUACGCACGUGAAGCAGGCCUACUUUUCUUUGAAACCUCCGCCAAGUCCUCGACAAACGUCAAGGAACUAUUCACCGCCAUUGCCAAGAAACUGCCUCUGGAUCAGGCCGGCCCUCGGAACUUGCGGGCGACCCCUCGGCCUGGUGUUGACUUGCGGCCAGAGGCCCCUGGAACUCAGGGCGCCGAAUCCUUACCACUCAUUUUGGCGAUUGUGCAGCUCGUCAUGCUGCGCUCCUCGAUUGCUCCGGGUCGGCAAUUGCUGUCGAACCCUAUCCGCCAACGGAUCCCGUCGCAAUGGCUGUCCAGAGCCGGUGCAAGUAACCGGUUGGCAGGUCAGCGAUUCUUUGCCGAUGCUAAGCCCCCUACCACCGGUGGCCCGACACCAGUCUCCCCUUCCUCCGAAUCCAGUAUCCCUCCGGAGACCAUCUUGAAGGCCGCUGAACAAGAACCUAAGCUUCCUCCCACGCCUCCGGCACCUGCUCCUCGCAAAUCCGGUCGUUUCCGUCGGUUCUUGAUUUAUCUGAUCCUCACAUCUGGCUUUGCCUAUGGUGGCAGUAUCUUCCUGGCCCUUAAGUCCGACAACUUCCACGAUUUCUUUACCGAGUACAUUCCCUACGGCGAAGAAUGCGUUCUCUACUUCGAGGAGCGCGACUUCUACCGCCGCUUCCCCAAUGCCUUGAGAAACCAAAACCGUCUCCCGACUGCACCUCGAGAGGAUGGAAAGCCCGUCACAAUCCCCAGCAAGAGCGGACUGUCUUGGAAGCUUGCUGAAGAAGAGAAGGCCGAGGCCGAUUCUAAGAAGGCAGCUCAUAUGAACGCUAGUGCUCACGAGGCCCAAACCAAGUCCGCGGCCGCCAAGCCCGAGGAUCGGAACGCCGCAGUCUUGAAGGCCAAGGAGGACAGGGCCUCGAAGCAAAAGGAAACGAAGCCUGAGCCCGAGGCGAAGAGCCCCGUCUCUCUGGAUGAGCCCAGACAACCUGCUGUUUCUGCGAGCGCCAUUGAAUUGCUCCAGUUGCGGGAUGCCGAUGACGCUGUUGUCCAGGAUCUGGUCAAGACCUUCAAUGACAUCGUUACCGUCAUCAGCGCCGAUGAAAACUCUAGCAAAUACUCUGCGCCUGUUGCUAAGGCUAAGGGCGAGCUGGAGAAGAUUGCUGAGAAGAUUGCUGCUAUUCGCGGCGAUGCCCGCAACGCCGCCCAGGAGGAGCUCAACAAGCUACAUGCCACCUUUGAUGACUCUGCACGUGAAUUGAUGCGCCAGUUUGAGGAAGUCCGCUCCACUGACCUUGCUUCGUUCCGUGAAGAGUUCGAGGCCGAGCGCGAGAAGCUCGCCAUGGCAUACCAGCAGAAAGUCCACACCGAGCUUCGCCACGCUCAGGAGCUUGCGGAGCAGCGUCUUCAGAAUGAGCUUGUUGAGCAGGCCAUUGAGUUGAACCGCAAGUAUGUCCACCAGGUCCAGAGCCUCGUGGAACGCGAGCGUGAGGGCCGUCUGAGCAAGUUGACUGAGCUCACAGCUGAUAUCAACGAGCUUGAGAAGCUGACUGCUGGAUGGAGCGACGUUAUCGACACCAACCUCAAGACCCAGCAGCUGCAGGUUGCCCUGGACGCCGUUCGCACCGUGGUCGAGCGUGCUGAGACCCCCCGACCGUUCGUCCGUGAGCUUGUUGCCGUGAAGGAGCUUGCUGCCGGUGAUGCCGUCGUUGAGGCUGCUAUCGCAUCCAUUAACCCCACCGCUUACCAGCGUGGUAUCCCAUCCACUACUCAGAUUUUCGAGCGUUUCCGCCGAGUUGCAAGUGAAGUCCGCAAGGCUAGCCUGCUCCCCGAGGAUGCAGGUGUGGCCAGCCACGCUGCCAGCCUUGUCCUGAGCAAGGUCAUGUUCAAGAAGGAUGCUUUGUCUGAGGGUGAUGACGUGGAGAGCGUUCUUGUACGCGCUGAGAACUUGUUGCAGCAGGGCGAUGUUGACGCCGCCGCUCGGGAAAUGAACACUCUCCAGGGCUGGGCUAAGAUUCUCAGCAAGGACUGGCUUGGCGAUGUUCGCAAGGUUCUUGAAGUCAGACAGGCUCUCGAGGUCAUCGAGGCCGAGGCCCGCCUCCAGUGCUUGCGGGUUGAGUAA